GGUUGCGUUUGGCAUGGCUGGCGGUGAGCUGGACAUCAUGAGGGCCAGAACCUCCCUCCCCAUCACUCCGGAUCCCAGGGAGAUCCAGUCAGCUGAUGUACGGCCCGUCUCCAUGGAGAGGGGCCGAGGCCGUGUUCGGGAGAGUUGCAGUGCUGGGGUGCAGCGGCAGGGGAGGGGCAGCCGUGCAUUCCUGGGCCGUGUGCUGCGGGCUGCACUCCCCCUGCAACUGCUGGCGCUGCUGCUGCUGCUGCUGGCUGCGUUGUUGCCUGCACGGCAGCAACACUACAGCUGCACGCUGGCCAACAACUACAUCCGCUCCCUCCACCCCGCGCUGCGUUACACCAACGGCCCCCCUCCAACCUGAUACCCCCCUCUACCCCCCUACUCCCCUCUCUCCCCACCCUCUCUCCCUCCCCCUUCCCCUCCCCUUCCCUCUCUCUACCCUCUCCCUCUCUACCCCCUCUAUCUACCCCCCUCCCUCUCUCUACCCCCCUCUCUCCUACCCUCUCUCCCUCUCUCCCCCUCUCCCUCUCUCUCACCCCCCCCCCCUCUCCCCCUGUCCCAGGGUGUGUUUGUGUCCACCCAUCCCCCACACUGCUGACACACCCAGUGUGAUCACUCACUACUGUAGUGAGUGUGGAGUUGAACCUUGUGGGAUAUAUUGAUCAGUGAGCUAUUUCUAUUGUACAGUUUGAGAUUUUUUUAGUGUAGAAUCAGGGAUAUUCUGGGAUCCUGGUGAACCGUCCCAUCGAGCGGCACCAGUGUGUGUCUGACCAGGGUUGUUGUACCCACCCUCAAUAAACCUGCCAAUGACACAACCUUGCAGCUCA